GCCGUGUUGGCCGGAGGUCCACAACCUCCUCUCUUCCCCUGCCUCACUGGCCCUGCCCAAUCUCAAUUGCAUCUUGCCAGUUUCCCAAAGCCACACCCUCCUCUGCUCCACCACAUAUCCAUACGAUUACAUACCAUGUCCCUCUCUUCUGCAAUCGGCUUCAUCGGCGGUGGGCAAAUGGCCACCGCCAUCUACCGCGGCCUUGUCCGGAAAGGCAUCCGGAAGGCCGCCGAUCUUUACGUGUACGAUGUGAAUGCCUCGGCCCGCCAGGCGGCCAGCACGCUCGGCAUCAAUGCCCCGAGCUCUGCGGCCAUUGUCGCCGAGUCUACCCGCGUCAUUCUGAUCUGUGUCAAGCCGGAUGCCGUGCCGACUGUCUUGCGUGACCUCCGCCCGAACAUCGGCUCCGGGCACUUGCUCAUCUCUGUGGCGGCCGGUGUGACCACCCGGGCCCUGGAAGCGGCUGCUGGCUCCGGGCUCGGUGUCUUCCCGUCGGGUGGUGCCGAGGCCGAGCCCGACUUCAAGCACACUGUUUCUCACCCCGGUCCGCCGCGCAUUGUGCGCGUCAUGCCGAACACCCCGUCCCUGGUGGGCGAGGGGGCGACUGGCAUUUCAGCCGGGACCAACGCCACCGGCGAGGACGUCGAACUCACGCGCGAGCUUUUCUCGGCUGUUGGACAGGCCCACGUGGUGGACGAGAAGAUGCUCGAUGCGGUGACCGGCUUGGCCGGCUCGGGCCCGGCCUACGCCCUGCUCUUCAUUGAGGCGCUUGCGGAUGGCGGCGUCUUCGCUGGGCUUCCGCGCCCUGCGGCCCGGGCACUGGCUGCGCAGACGGUCCUCGGCACGGCGCGCAUGGUUCUCACGGCGGACGGUGGCGGGUGCUCGGCCUGCGGCGGUGUGCCGGCCCCGGCUGGCGCAGCUCCGGUUUGCAGCUGCCCCCCGCCCCCGCACACGGCCGAGCUUCGGGACCGUGUUUCCAGCCCGGCCGGCACCACGGUGGCUGGGCUCAAGGUCCUGGAGGACCGCGGUGUGCGCGGAGCCGUUAUCAGCGCCGUGGCCGCGGCCACCGAUCGUGCCCGCGAGCUCGGGGAGAUUGCCCAGCGCGAGACCUCCGGCAGCCAGUAAUCAUCCGGCGAAUAGACACGUGAUGCGAUCACA